AUGGGACGCGGCAGUGGCACCUUCGAGCGUCUCCUAGACAAAGCGACCAGCCAGCUUCUUCUGGAGACUGACUGGGAGUCCAUCCUCCAGAUCUGUGACCUGAUCCGCCAAGGGGACACGCAGGCAAAAUAUGCAGUGAGUUCCAUCAAGAAGAAAGUUAACGACAAGAAUCCUCACGUGGCCUUGUACGCCCUAGAGGUCAUGGAGUCUGUGGUGAAGAAUUGCGGCCAGACAGUCCAUGAUGAGGUGGCGAACAAGCAGACCAUGGAGGAACUGAAGGAGCUGCUGAAGAGGCAGGUGGAAGUAAAUGUCCGGAACAAGAUCCUGUACCUGAUUCAGGCCUGGGCACACGCCUUCCGGAACGAGCCCAAGUACAAGGUGGUCCAGGACACGUACCAGAUCAUGAAGGUGGAAGGACACGUCUUCCCAGAGUUCAAGGAGAGCGAUGCCAUGUUUGCUGCGGAGAGAGCCCCCGACUGGGUGGAUGCCGAGGAGUGCCACCGGUGCCGGGUGCAGUUCGGGGUCAUGACCCGCAAGCACCACUGCCGGGCGUGUGGCCAGAUCUUCUGUGGCAAGUGCUCCUCCAAGUAUUCCACCAUCCCCAAGUUUGGCAUCGAGAAGGAGGUGCGGGUGUGUGAGCCCUGCUACGAGCAGCUCAACAAAAAAGCGGAGGGAAAAGCGGCCUCGACAACGGAGCUGCCCCCGGAGUACCUGACCAGCCCGCUGUCUCAGCAGUCGCAGCUGCCCCCAAAAAGGGACGAGACAGCCCUGCAGGAAGAGGAGGAGCUGCAGCUGGCCCUGGCCCUGUCUCAGUCGGAGGCUGAGGAGAAGGAGCGAAUGAGGCAGAAGUCGGCCUAUACCGCGUACCCCAAGGCAGAACCCACACCUGUGGCCUCCUCAGCGCCCCCCGCCAGCAGCCUGUAUUCUUCGCCUGUGAACUCGUCGGCGCCUCUGGCUGAGGACAUCGACCCCGAGCUUGCGCGGUACCUGAACCGGAACUACUGGGAGAAGAAGCAGGAGGAGGCUCGGAAGAGCCCCACACCGUCUGCACCAGUGCCUCUGACAGAGCCCACGACCCAGCCUGGGGAGGGACACGCAAUCCCUGCCAACGUGGAGACUUCCCUCCCGGAGACAGACCCUCAGGCCGUAACUGCAGCCGGAGCUGCCUUUAGUGAGCAGUACCAGAAUGGGGAGUCGGAGGAGAGCCACGCGCAGUUCCUGAAGGCCCUGCAGAACGCUGUAACCACCUUCGUCAACCGCAUGAAGAGCAACCACGUGCGGGGCCGCAGCAUCACCAACGACUCGGCCGUGCUGUCCCUCUUCCAGUCCAUCAACACCAUGCACCCCCAGCUGCUGGAGCUGCUCAACCAGCUGGAUGAACGCAGGCUGUACUACGAGGGACUGCAGGACAAGCUGGCGCAGAUCCGUGACGCUCGGGGAGCGCUCAGCGCCCUGCGGGAGGAGCACCGGGAGAAGCUUCGCCGUGCAGCCGAGGAAGCCGAGCGCCAGCGCCAGAUCCAGCUGGCCCAGAAGCUGGAGAUCAUGCGGCAGAAGAAGCAGGAGUACCUGGAGGUACAGCGGCAGCUGGCCAUCCAGCGCCUGCAGGAGCAGGAGAAGGAGCGGCAGAUGCGCCUGGAGCAGCAAAAGCAGACCAUCCAGAUGCGGGCCCAGAUGCCAGCUUUCUCCCUGCCCUACGCCCAGCUCCAGGCUGUGCCUGCAGCGGGGGGCGUGCUGUACCAGCCCUCCGGCCCGGCGAGCUUCGCGGGCACCUUCAGCCCGGCUGGCUCGGUGGAGGGCUCGCCCAUGCACACCAUGUACAUGAGUCAGCCGGCCCCGGCCGCCAGCGGCCCCUACCCCAGCAUCCCAGCAGCCGCGGCAGAUCCCAGCAUGGUGAGCGCAUACAUGUACCCAGCAGGGGCGGCUGGUGCGCAGGCAGCUCCACAGGGCCCUGCAGGGCCCACCACCAGCCCAGCCUACUCAUCAUACCAGCCUACUCCCAUGCAGGGCUAUCAGAACGUGGCCUCCCAGGCCCCACAGAGCCUCCCAGCCAUCUCCCAGCCCCCGCAGUCUGGGACGAUGGGCUACAUGGGGAGCCAGUCAGUGUCCAUGGGCUACCAGCCUUACAGCAUGCAGAAUCUCAUGCCGACCCUCCCCGGCCAAGAUGCGCCUCUGCCGCCCCCACAGCAACCCUAUAUCUCAGGGCAGCAGCCUGUGUACCAACAGAUGGCGCCCUCCAGCGGCCCUCCUCAGCAGCAGCCCCCAGUCGCCCAGCAGCCCCCGGCACAGGGCCCGCCGGCACAGGGCAGCGAAGCCCAGCUCAUCUCGUUUGACUGA